AUGCUGGGCAUAGAGGCUCAUAGAGGCACGAUGUCUUCAGUGGAUGCUACAGAUGAAACAAGAGUUAAGAAAAGCAUAAUGAACAGCUCGAUUGAGGAUAAGCGGCUUCAUUGGUCACGGCUUCAUCGCUUUAAGACAACACACAGGUUAUACAUAUACCUCAUGGGUUCACUAGCCAUUUUACAGAUCAUUGCAAUUGCAUUUUUUUCUAAGGGCUUCCUGCUCACAAGAAAUGUGUUAGAGAAUGUGUCUACGGAGUCCCAUUAUGAACCAAAAUUCAGCAAGUGCGUUAUUUUGGUGAUAGAUGCCCUACGGUUUGAUUUUACAAUUCCAGUUGAUACGGAUUAUGUGAGCUACGAUGCUAAUUUUCAUAACAAUUUCGACGUCUUCCACCCAAAUGAGGACAGCCAAUCGUCGCUGCUUCUCAAAUUUAUCGCAGAUCCACCUACAACAACCUUGCAGCGGCUAAAAGGCCUCACCACUGGAUCAUUGCCCACAUUUAUCGAUGCAGGGUCGAAUUUUGACGGUUCAGUAAUAGAAGAGGAUAAUUUGAUUCUACAGAUGUUUCGCAAUAAUAAGACAGUCUACUUUGCCGGUGAUGAUACUUGGGAUGCUUUAUUCAGCCCAUUCUUGUCCCCCUCUAGUCGGCCUUUUGAAUCUCUUAACGUCUGGGACUUGGACACAGUUGAUAAUGGUGUCAUGAGCUUCUUUGAUGAGCAUCUCUUAUCUGAGAAUUCAAACACAAACGGGUGGGAUGUUUUAAUCGGUCAUAUGUUAGGCAUCGACCAUGUUGGCCACAAAUAUGGGCCAGGUCACUUCACAAUGAGAGAAAAGCAAUUACAGGCUAACGCUUUCAUCAAGCGGAUUUGCGACAAAAUUGACGAGGAAACGCUAUUUAUCGUCAUGGGCGACCAUGGCAUGGACCAUACCGGAAAUCACGGCGGCGACUCAAAGGCAGAGCUAGAGGCUGCACUUUGGCUAUACUCUAAGAAGCCUAAAAUGUGGAAGCACAUGACAUCCUCUAACUACAACACCAGCGACUUGGGUGAGGAAUACAGGCAAGUAAACCAAAUAGAUUUGGUUCCUACUUUAUCUUUACUUCUGGGCCUCCCUAUUCCCUUCAAUAACUUAGGAUGGCCCAUAGACGAGGUCGCAACUACUACAGACGAGCUGAAAGCUUACAAUAAUAUAACAUUGAACCAAAUUCGAGAUUAUAAGGAAGUCAGUAAAGUUAUUACAGAUUCUACCAAGGACGAGCGUUUGCAAGAACUGUGGUCGAAGUCGUUGCUUGACAUAUCGGUGGGUUCUGAGUACCAGAAAUACUUUCUGGAGUCGUGCAAAGAUUUAUGGGCCAGGUUUGACUACUGGAGCAUUGCGACUGGUAUCGCCUUACUAACAGCUUCACUUCUGUUGCUAAUAAUCGUUACAAAACUGAUUCCAUCGAUUGUCAUUGGUCAGAUGGUCUCUGAAUUUGUUCCAUCAAUCACUAUUAUGUCGCUAGUCUCAAACGUCUGCUUCAACGGUAUUUUCCAUGUUUUACACCAACCAGUUUUCCUUGAAAACUGGAUCUGGUGCACUUUAUUCGCCACUGCCAUUGGAAUCAUUGUUGGCUGUUUCAUAACUAUUUUCGAUCGCUACAAUGUGGCUUGGAUCUCUAGAAAGUUCGUGGAGGAUUUAUCUGACUAUUGGUCCCGAAUUGCGGCUCUUUUUAUCACAUUACAUGCCCUAUUAUUCACCUCAAAUUCUUUCACAAUUUGGGAGGAUAAAAUAGUAAGUUUCUUCCUAGCUACCUUAGGCAUGCUUACGCUCUACGAAUUCAUGUUUCUACCCAAGAGGCGUUUAACGACUGCAUUACUUACAGCGGCUAUGGGCGAAAAAAAACCUUCUCCACUAGGUAAAGCGCAUUUGGCAUCAGAAGCGGAAUCUUCACCCUUCGGCAAAUUUGCUCGUAUUGUUGGUGGGUACCAUUCGAUUGUUCUCGUUGUUUGUACAAGACUCUCCUCAAUGAUAACGAUAUGCCGAGAAGAACAAGGUGAAUACUGCACACCAACUUUCACAACAGCCAAUAAUUACUCCUACUGGUGCUUAACACUGUGCCUGGUUGUCGUUGCAUUUCUGCCUUCGUGCCUGCGGGGCUACUACAACGUAUGUUCAUCCUACCAAGCUGCUGCUCCUAUCUGGAUAGGUCAAUUUCUUCGAUAUGUCCUAUUAACAAAUUUUUGUUACUGGACAAUUUGCGCUCUAGAAAACACUAUCCCAGGUUGGUCUUGGGAUGCAAAGAUCCUGAAACUUACUAUUUCAAGAAUUGUAGCAGGGUUCUCACUUAUUGCUGCAAACGUUGGGUGGAUGAUGGGUCCGCUGUGCGUUAAGCUCAAUAUACACAACACAGAUGUAAAAUCUCAGCAAGCAACAAUUCUUGGAUACGCCAACGUCUACGGAGCCCAGUUUUUCCUGCUGGUCAUCAAUUUCUUUAUGUGCAUAAUGUUGUUCAACAAGCCAUUGGCGCAAAUAUCGUUGUUCCUCAUGUGCAACCAACUUUUAUCCAUUUUAGAAAUUUUUGACUUAUUGAAGCUGAAAGAUAAUUUGAUCGGUCCUGUGACUAUGGGAUUGCUUGCUUACCAGCAAUUUUUCGCAACCGGCCAUCAAGCUACUAUUCCGGCUGUUCAGUGGGAUGUUGGGUUUGUACUUACUGAACGUAUCAAAUUUCCGUUUACGCAUCUGGGGAUCGUAAUGAACACCUUCGGUCCCCACAUAAUAGUUGCAUUAUCCGUAGCGCUGCUCACGUUAUGGAAGCAGCCCCCAACCGUGCUAAAGCCUCAAACGCUGUUAGCUAGGAUUGUUUCAAACUGUGGAAUGCUGCUAAUUUACAAUACUGUUUUGUGUCUAAGCUCCUUCGUAUGGGUGACACAUUUCAGAAGACAUUUGAUGGUAUGGAAAAUAUUCUGCCCUCGAUUUAUGUUUGCGGGCUUGAGUUUGAUAGUAAUUCAAGUGGUUAUCACUUUGGUAACCAUAGCGUUUGCAAGCGGCAGACUCAUACGGCAAAUAAACAACUUGUUCUGGAAUUGA